AUGGCCUCCUCUCGCCCUCCACCUCCAAUGCCCCUCGAUCUCAACCUCACAAUAAUCUCUGCAAAACACCUCAAAAACGUAAAUUGGAAAAGCGGAGACCUCAAGCCAUACGCAGUGUUCUGGGUCGACCCAGACAGAAGACUCUCAACAAAAUCCGACGACUCCGGUUCGACCAGACCCGUCUGGAACGAGCGAUUCACGCUCCCUCUCACCGUCAAUCUUCGCGACUCCUUCCUUACCCUCGAAAUCUUCCAUUCCAAACCAAGCGAAACCCCUAAACCCCUCGUUGGUACUCUACGGGUCGCAUUAAAAGACUUACCCGACCCGGAUGAUGCAAACCGGAUCCGAACUUUUGAACUAACCCGACCGUCAGGUCGCCCUCAGGGUAAAAUCAGAAUCAAACUCGGCGUGCGUGAAAGACUGUUUUCUCCUCCUCCACCGCCGCAGCCAGUUUACCGAAUUACCACUCCACAGAGCUAUUAUUACAGUGGUGCCACUAUGCCACCACCUGAUUACAGGUAUCCGACUAUACCGCUUCCACCGUCGUCUUCUCCACCACCCCCACCUGUACCGCAUUAUGGUUCCUACCACGACGCCUACCCUCCUUCUCCAUAUUAUCCAGGAUAUUACUCCUCUGCGCCGCCGACGCCCCUGCCGCCAAGGCCUUUUUUUGAUCGGCCUAUGGGUAGUUAUGGCAGUGGGCCCUCUGCGCCGGUUGAUUAUGGUAGUUAUGAUACUCAGAGGCUUAGAGGAGGGAAGACUUUGGGGGUUGGGACAGGAUUGGCUGUGGGUGCGGUUGCUGGGGCUCUUGGUGGACUUGCAUUGGAAGAAGGAUUGAAAUAUGAGGAAGAGAAAAUUGCAGAGAAGGUGGAGAAUGAUCUUGCUGCGCGUGAUGACUAUAGUGAUUAUCGCGCUGAUUACUGA